AUGAAGCGCAACGCGUUGAACGAUUCAGACGACGACGAUUCAGACGACGACCUGUACUCUUCUUCUUCUUCCUCCGAUGAAAACGAGGACGAUGAAAAGAAGACGACAACAACAUCCUUGAAGAAAAAAGCAUUCUUCGGAAUCGCGAACGAAAAUCUCGUCUGCGUCGGGUGUCGAGAGAUGAACAGUCCGUGCUUCUCCCAGGGUUUGUGCUUAGACCCGACGGUGAUUGAAUUACUCGACGAUGGAAGUAACAACAACACUAAAGGAGGAGAGAGUUUGUUCUUGAUCGAAGGACAACUGGUGAAAUCCGUCGGCGAGGAGUGGAAAGCGACGAGUUUAGUCUACUCUCGUACGACGACAGUUAAGAAGACGAAAGAGGAGGAAGAGUUUGAGAAUCCGCUGAAGAAGAGGAGUAAAGAAGAAGAUGACGACGAUGAACUUUUAGAUGGUACAAGAAGACUUUCGGGAGAGCAACCACCAAAGACGGUUGAAUCUUCUACUACCGAUGAUACCUCUGCGACUGCCGCCGCCGGUGGAGGCAAAACGCCGCAUCCGCUGAUUGCGUUGGGUUUACCCGCCGACGUCGAGGAGGCGAAAGCGUAUUUGAAACGAAUCAACGCGGAGACUAUCCCGCACGGCAACCAUCGCGAUUUUUUGUACAAGAACCACUUGUUGCAUUUUUACGAGAGAAGAAGACAGAAGGACGGAGGACAAGAAGAAGAAGAAGACGAAGAGGACGGCAUGUGCGGGAGCGACUGCCGAGAGCAACACGGAGGGAGCGGCAAACGUUUUAGCAACGUCGAGGAUCACGGGCGAAUCGAGGCGGUGAUUCGACGUCAGAGGAAAGGACACGAGCAAAAUCUCGGUGGAGGUGAUUACGUGCCUUUGCAACGAAGUAGCGCGCGAGCGAACGGAAAAGAAAAUGAAAGCAAAGAAGAAGAAGAAAGAGAAGAAAAUCAAAAGGAUACCGUCGUAGAUAUACGUCAAAUCGUCGAGCACGAGCGUCGAGGCGGUAACGAAGUCGCCUCGCAAACGCGAUUCAAAGUCGAAGGUAUCUGUUGCCCGAGCGAAGUGCCUUUGAUCCAUAACAUUUUAGAUUCAAUGUCCGGCGUGAGAGACGUAAAAGUCAUAGUUCCGACGAAAAUGGUUUUAGUGGAGCACGCGAAAUCGUACGCACCGGUUGAGUUAUUGGUCGACGCUUUGAACGCGGCGCAUUUACGCGCAUCCGUCGCGGACGUGGAUUAUUACGACCAAAAGAAUGGCGGAGCAACAUCAAAAUUUCACGCGAUUAUGGUCAACUUACCCGGGCCGAAGAUUCUGUUGGCGUGUUUAUUUACUGUCGUCAGUUUGUUGCACUUUAUAAAAGACGAUCGAGGCGUUUUUGAACACUUCAAAUGGGUUGCUUUAGGCGCCAUCGCGGUUGGAUUACCGGAAAUUCUUUUGAAAUCGUACGGGUCGUUGCGAAUGCGCGUGGUUGAUAUAAACACGCUAAUGGCAAUCGCCAUCGCCGGUGCUGUCGCUUUACAGGAUUUCUUCGAAGCUGCCGCGGUGGUGAGUUUAUUCACCUUGUCCGAAUGGCUCGAGUCUCGCGCUAUGGCAAAAACGUCGGACGCCAUGAGCGCCGUGCUCGCUUUGCGCGUGGACGAAGCUGAGCUCGUCAAUAAAGACGACCAAACUACACAGAAAGUCGCGGUUGAAUCUGUGAAUGUUGACGCAAUCGUUCGCGUUCGACCGGGCGCACGCGUUCCACUCGAUGGUAUCGUUGUCGAUGGCUCGACUGCUAUCGACGAGAGCGCGUUGACUGGGGAAUCAAAACCGGUUUCGAAAACCGUCGAUUCGCAGGUCUUUGGUGGCACCGUGAACCAAAAAGGAUCUAUCGACGUCCGCGUGACAUCGGUAUCCGUAGACUCGGCGUAUUCGAGGCUCAUUCGGUUAGUCGAGGAAGCGCAGUCCAUGCGCUCCUCGGCCGAACGAAUGAUUGAAACGUUCGCGAAAUGGUACACUCCAAUCGUCAUAUUAGCCGCGUUACUUUACGGCGUCAUACCGGUUUUGAUUUCCACAGAUAACGCGAAAGAGUCGUUGUAUACCGCGUGCGUUUUAUUAGUCAUCGCGUGUCCGUGUGCGCUCGUGUUGUCCACACCCGUCGUUUCCGUGUGCGGCUUAACCGUGUGCGCAAAACGCGGCGUCGUGGUGAAAGGUUCACAAUUCUUGGAAAGAUUGGGACAGUUGAAAACGAUGUAUAUCGACAAAACGGGCACUUUGACCCACGGGGACAUUUGA